CCCGCCGCGACCCCCGACACCCUUCAUGCGCUUCCCCUGCCCCGGGCGCGCCGGGCCUGGAACAGGACUGCCACUGUUGAGUCUGUGGGAAUAUGAAUCAGCAGCAGCAGAGAAUGGCUGCAGUUGGGACAGACAAAGAGCUCAGUGACCUGCUGGACUUCAGUAUGAUGUUUCCCUUGCCAGUGGCUAAUGGAAAAAACAGACCCACGACCCUUGCGAGCACUCAGUUUGGAGGAUCAGGCUUGGAUGAAAGGCCGGGAUCAGGUUCCUGGGGAACGGCAGAUCAAAACAGCUCCACGUUUGACCAAGGAAGGAGCUAUGGCGAGGGCCCCCACUACGGCGAGCACCGGGAGCUGCCAUCCCACAACAGCAUCUCCUCGUCACCCUUCCUGGGAGCUGGACUCGUGGGGAAGAGCAGUGAAAGAGCCUCAUACUCCACGUUUGGAAGAGACACAGGGAUGCCAGGACUAAACCAGCCUGGUUUCCUGCCCAGCGAGAUGGGAAUCGCCAGCCCGAGCACUCUUUCCCCCACGGGGGGCAAAGGGGGGUCUCAGUAUUUUUCUUACCCCAACAAUCCUCGCAGGAGAGGUGCUGAGAGCAGCAUAGAUGGACAGCCCAAAAAGGUUCGGAAGGUGCCUCCUGGACUCCCCUCCUCGGUGUAUCCAUCCAACUCAGGUGAUGACUACAGCAGGGAUCCAGCUGGAUAUACUCCCUCAAAACCUCCCAGCACUGUGUAUCCUGGAGCCUUUUACAUGUCAGAUGGACUCCAUAACUCACCAGACCUGUGGAGUUCCCCAGGUGCCAUGAGCCAGUCGAGUUACGGUGCCAUGCUGGGCAGCUCCUCCUCCCCGCUCCCUCAGUCCAGUGGCUUCAACAGUUUACACCAGCACGAACGCAUGAACUACCAGCUGCAUUCAGGAGAGGUGAACGGCGGGCUCCCCUCCGUGUCCGGCUUCUCCUCGGCCACCACGGCGUACGGAGUGUCCAGUCACACCCCCCCGAUCAGCGGCACGGACACCAUCAUGGGUAACAGAGGAACCACAGCCGGGAGCUCCGGAGAUGCGCUUGGGAAGGCUCUGGCCUCGAUUUACUCCCCCGACCACUCUAGCAAUAACUUCUCCUCCAACCCCUCCACCCCGGUCGGGUCCCCGCAGGGCCUCGCAGGCUCGUCGCAGUGGCCGCGGGCGGGCGGAGCGGGUGCCUUAUCUCCCAGUUACGAAGGGAGCCUCCACACUUUGCAAAACAAAAUGGAAGACAGGUUGGAUGAAGCCAUCCACGUGCUGAGGAACCACGCCGUGGGCCAGACCUCUGCCAUGCCCAGCAACCACGGGGACAUGCACGGGCUGCUGGGCUCAGCACCAGCACACAGUGCUGCCGUGGGCAGCCUGGGCCAGGCCUUCCCCGCCUCAGUCAUGGCCCUGGGGAGCAGGCACCCGAGUCUGGUGGGAGGAGGCCACCCUGAAGAUGGGUUGUCCAGCAACCCCAGUUUGCUCCACAACCAUGUCACACUUCCCUCACAGCCCAGCUCACUCCCGGACCUCAGCAGGCAGCAGGACACGUACAGUGGCUUGUCGGGGGGGCUGGGCCGGAGCAGCGUCUCCUCAGGAACGAGUGAAAUAAAGAGGGAAGAGAAGGAGGAUGAGGAGAACACAUCAGUGGCAGAUAACUCAGAAGAGGAGAAGAAGGAGCUGAAACCCUCCCGGAACAGAACAAGUCAAGAUGAGGAUGAGGAGGACGAUCUUCUUCCCCCAGAGCAAAAAGCCGAGAGAGAGAGAGAAAGGAGGGUCGCCAAUAAUGCCCGUGAGCGCCUGCGGGUUCGUGACAUCAACGAGGCCUUUAAGGAGCUCGGACGCAUGUGCCAACUGCACCUAAACAGCGAAAAACCGCAGACCAAACUGCUAAUCCUACACCAGGCCGUUUCAGUCAUACUGAACCUGGAGCAACAAGUUAGAGAGCGCAAUCUGAACCCAAAAGCGGCCUGCUUGAAGCGUCGGGAAGAGGAGAAAGUGUCCGGAGUGGUUGGAGACCCCCAGAUGACACUGUCAGCUUCACAUCCUGGUCUAGGAGACGGUCACAACCCUGUUGGACACAUGUAAAGAUCUUUUUGUUCCUCUGGAUACAGAGAUUUGUAGGAAGAAAACCCUUGGUGUGACCUGCAACCCUGUUGAACCAUGAACUGUAGUACUGCUCAUACUGACACACGCAGAUGGAUCCUGGCGUGACGUAAGGGGUGGAAAAAACACUUUGUCAGAAACAAAACAGAAACAAAAAAUUGCCUUAAGUAUAAAGUGCAGAACAGUCAAUACAUAUCACUCAGUUAGGAGGGGGUGGCGUGUUCUCUUGGCUUGUUCACAAGCAGCCAGCAGCAAAAUUGUGCCUAAGCUUGAUAUUUCUUUUUUUAAAAAAAAAGAACAUUAGUUAUGAGAUUUUUUAUGUAGAACAAAUAGCAAUGCCUUUUGGUUUUUUUAGCUUCUUUUGCAUAUGUUUUGUAAGCAACAAAAAAAUUUUUUUUUGUAUAAAAACAUGUCUUGUACCCUCCGCUUUUCUGCUGCUGUUUCUAUAGUUAAUGUUGCAUCUUUAGGAUCAACCAGAAUAUUAAAAUUGUAUUAAGAGAGACUGGAUAUAAAGAGAGGAAUUCUCAGAUUCGGCUCAGAAAGCCACUAAAAGCGAAUGUAGCCACAGUGAGGGAAUGUUCUUCCUUGCCUGGCUUGUACCUUCCAUGACAAGAAACAAACUCAUGUGCUGAA